UCAUUGAUCCCAUUUUGACUAGUGACUAGUGAUUACUGAUGUCUAAUUAAUAAAAUAGCUUUUUGAACUUAUUAUUUUUUACGAAUUAUUCAUAUUCCAAUAUUCAUUGAGCCAAAAAAUAUUUUACGAUGUGCUUAAUAAUUCGAUAAAUUGUUUCUGUGAAUCGUGACAGUGUCAUAUUAUUAUAAGAUAAUACAAAGAAAUCGCAAAAUAAUAUUCCAUUAUAACUACUCUAUUUUUUGCAAACGUAGGUAUUAUAAAUUGUAAUUUCAUACUGUACUAUAUUAUGUCGUAUGAAUGCUGAUUAAGAUGUGAUUUAUCUUAUUCAUAAAGUACUAUAAUAAUAUGUUUGAUUCUAAAGAAUUCGACAAAGAGUUUGAUAGUUUUUAUGAGGACCAUAAACACUUUUCAAAAAUGAAUAUGUCAACUAUAGCAUAUGGGAUAGUGGGUAUUGUCAUCUUGCUUAUGAUCCUGGCUUGUUGUUGCCGUCGUCGUCGAAACAGAGGAGAAGUGCUCAGCGUUGAGACAAGUACCGUGCGAGUUCCUGUGCCACCCGCACCUUAUCCUCAGCAGCAAUACGCGUCGCCUCAUCAGUACCCUGUAGCGUCUCAGUACCCCUUACAAAAUGCCAGUAUGCCGUACCCUAUGGCGACGCCUUAUCCCGCCGGACCUUAUCCCGGGGCGGCGCCUUACCCGUCAGGGGGCGCGCCCUAUCAAGCUCAGGGAGCCCCCUACCCGUCGGCCGGCGCGCCUUACCCCACGGGCGGAGCGCCUUAUCCCACGGGGUCUGCGCCCUUCUCGUCUGGCUCUUCUCCAUUUCCGGCUGCACAACCUAGUGCCCCUGAAGCCAGCGCGCUUCCGCCGUCCUACGACCAAGCCGUGGGCAAGCAGGCGAACAUUUACACGGCGCAGUAGCGCGUCCGCGCUUCUGUACAGCGAACGAUUCGUUAUUCGUGAAGUAUUGAUAACGUUUAGGUGCCGAGACCGGGCUCUUACCGCUCCUAUGUUUCCGGUUAUGUACUCGUAAUCGAUCCCGAUAAGUUGCAUAAGUGGGGCUCCGGAGUAAUUAAGUUUAUAUGAAUUUAUCUUAAACACUUUUAUGACUGUCCAUACCCAUUGUAGUAUCUAGAAUUGAACAUUAAUCGAGUCAUGUCGUAGCCUUUUGUAAUUUUUUAGAAAAUCUUAAAGCUUGAGUCAAGUGAUACCGAACCAAUAUUCAGUUAUAGCAAUAUAAUAGUAAGAGGUCUAUUCGACUAUAGAAUCUCUGAUUUGAGCCGGAUUUCAAUAUCACUACUAUAAUAAUGUAAUAGAGCAGUUUUGGUAUAAUGUUAUAAAAUACAGUUCUCGCAAACGAAUUGUUUACGUGAAGAGGAACGUAAUUAAUUGUUCUUUAGGUUAUAAUAGAUAUGUAUAGAGAAUAAUUAUUCCAUUGUGUUAUAUGUAUUGUAUGAAAAAUGUUGGCCAGGGUUUUUGACUGAUAAAUAGGUUAGAAAAAUUUACCGCAUUUUCGAACUGCCUUAGAAUAGUACGGUAAACAGCGACAUACUCGUAAAAUAGCGGAAAGCGGAGGUAGCUCGCUCACAGCAGUCGGCUCAUACCUGUUGAGCUCAAUAUUCAGAGCAGCUCGAGUCUUAACUAGUGCUCAUUUUCAAAAUUAAUAAACAAAUUUAUUAUUAAGAGGGCCCAAAUCCUCGGAUUUGGGAAGUAUUAGAUACGUUUUUGAAAGAUUUAAAAUAUCUAUAUUAAGACAAUGUUUUUUUUAUUUAUUUACAUUUUGAGAUUAAUUCGAACAAUGUCUUUUAGUUAGUUAGCAUACGUUUAAGGUGAAUUUUCUUUAAGUUGUGUAAUGUGUAUUCGUACUUAUCUUUCUUUUGAUUAUAUAAGAUUACAUUUUAAUUUACGCAUUAUAAAUGUUAUGGACAUCCGAAUUAUUUUUAAUGAAUACCUUAGCCAGACAAUGUGUCUACGAAUGUUAAAUAAUGAAUUAAGUCGUAUAUUUUUUCUGUGAUAAACAAUCUAAACGGUUUAUUUGUACAAAUAUAACAUUAUGGUUACCUUAAGUACACAAAUAUGUAUUGUAAUGCUGGUGAUUUACUUUUGCAUUGUACCUAAGUCUGUCCAUUGGGAAUUCGUAUCUUCCAUGUUCCAAGCUUUUCAGAUUUUAAUAAAAUGUUUCAUUUU